GUGUGCAAGGUGAUGGUUCGAGAUGACGACGCACGUGGUUCCGGCGGGAAAUCAGGCGGCGGUGACCGUUAAGAAGAAGGCGCAGCCGUCGUGGAGUUGGGUUCUUUUGGACAGCAAUGGAGGAACCACCGUGCUCGACGUCGACAAGUACGCUAUCAUGCAACGAGUUAACGUCCACGCCCGUGAUUUACGCAUACUCGACCCACUCUUGUCUUACCCUUCGACCAUUCUCGGCCGUGGUGGAGCCAUCGUGUUGAAUCUAGAGCAUAUCAAGGCAAUUAUUACUUCAGAGGAGGUGUUGCUCCGAGACCCGUCGGAUGAAUACGUCGUCCCUGUUGUUCAUGAACUUCGGAGACGUCUGCUGCCUCUAGUGAAUGCCAUUGAUCGAGGACAGGAAACGAGUGCACGAAUCAACUUCGACGCAGGCGUUGAAGAUGUGUUUCCGUUCGAAUUCCAGGCGCUGGAGGUAGCUUUGGAAUCCAUAUGUAGCUUUCUGGCUGCACGUACACUAGAACUAGAGACUGCAGCUUACCCUGCUUUAGAUGAGCUUACCUCCCUGAUUAGCAGUCGUAAUUUAGAUCGAGUUCGUCAAAUGAAGAGUGCAAUGACCAGAUUGACUGCUCGGGUACAAAAGGUGAGGGAUGAACUUGAACAACUACUGGACGACGACGACGACAUGUCCGACCUUUAUCUGUCGAGAAAGUUGUCUGCAACUUCACCCGUUAGUGGAUCCGGUGCUGCCAAUCGGUAUUCCGUCUCUCCUACCAUAGGAUCAAUGAUCUCCAAAGCAAGUACAGCAACACUUUGGGGCGAUGAGAACGAUGUCGAGGAGCUCGAAAUGUUACUCGAGGUUUACUUUAUGGAAAUCGAUGGUACACUGAAUAAAUUAACCACGCUGCAGGAAUAUAUCGACGAUACAGAGGAUUACAUCAACAUUCAGCUCGACAAUCACCGGAAUCAGCUUAUCCAGUUAGAGCUCUUUCUAAGUUCUGGAACCGUGGCUCUAGCCAUCUAUUCUUUGGUGACUGCAAUAUUUGGGAUGAACAUUCCUUAUUCAUGGAAUACCGACCGUGAUUACAUGUUUCCAUGGGUGGUCGUUGUCUCGGGGCUAAUAUCCGCGGUUGUGUUCAUACUGAUCAUGUCCUGUGCUCGGUUCAAGGGUCUGCUUGGAUCUUGAGCUGCAAAUGUUGCAUGAAACAAAAGUGUA